AGAGGGGGGAACCCGAAUGGAAGCCAUCGGCGCAGCGCAAACGGCUCAACCGAGUUUGAAAUAGCCGACUGAUAAAACAGUUUCAACGGUCCAGGGAUAGAAAACGUGACUCGUCCAAGACGAACGUAUCACAGGGGUCGCCGCAGUGCUCGAAGUUACCGCAUCUGGCGUCGAGGCGGCUGCCUGGAACCUUGUUUAUAUUGUGGAAGGAGGCUGAGGGGGGAGAAGGCCCAGUCGGUGCGGUGGAGAGCUGCGGCCGCUCCGGAGUGAGAGUGCGGAGGUUCGGCCUGUUCGAGCGGCCAAGAAUAUGAAACAGACGUCACAAUGACAUCCCGAUUUGGUAAAACCUACAGCCGGAAGGGAGGGGAUGGGAACUCCAAGUUUGAUGAGAUCUUUUCUAACAAGAAGGCCACCCUCAGCACUAAGUGGGGAGAGACCACCUACAAGGCAAAGGUGGGCUCUAAGAGGCCAACUUUCAAGCCUGAGGUCAGCGAGCUACCAAAGCGCUCCCGCCAGGGUGAGGAUGACCACUCCGAUGACCCCUUUGGUUUCGACAGUGAUGAUGAUUCCAGGCCUGUCACCUCACGAAAUGUCCCCCAGCCGAGGGCAUCUCCUGCUAAACCUGCAGAGCCCACCCGAGCUGAGAGGCUGCACACACCAUUGGAAGCUAACAGCUGGCUUGGCCAGCUGGCUGGUGGGGAUGCUGCAGCCCCAGGGCGGGGUGCCGCUCUCCUGGAGGACAACAGAGUGGUGCGUGGGAUACAGGAGGACAGCAACAGCAGGGUCACGAACAGCAGCGCUGCAGGUAAAACACGUUUGGGUGAGAGCACUGGAAAGGACAGCUACUCCUGGUAUAAAAAUGUUUCAGAGAGUGAUAAAAAACCCGUUCCUCAGACCACCACCCUAAAGACAGAGGCCAAAGACUCGUAUGCUAGUUGGAAUUCUGUGUUGGGUUUUUCGCCCUCCCCCAGCUCAGAGGAGGUGGACUCUCCUGCGACAUGGUUGGAUAGUAGCGAUACAACAAAAAGUGAGGGUACCUCAGACCUGGGUGGGGACCUCUCUGGCACAGCAGAGAGCGGUGAGCUCGGCGCAGCCCAACCCGAGGUACCCAUCGACCCUGCUGACUUUGAGGACCCCUCCCAGGCUAUUGUCCGGCCCCCCAACUGCCGAACGUACCACCGGCCCAGCAAGGCGAGGCAAACUUCAGGGAUGGAUGGAUCAGAAGGCAAGCCCCCUGGCGCUGGAGGAGGUCCGGGCUCCCUGAAGCCAAGCAGUGCAGCGGAUGGCAAGGCCAGCGGCAGGGGACGAACAAGGGACUACACCGUGCUGCACCCUUCCAGCUUGUCUGUGUGCAACGUCACUAUCCAGGACUCGAUGGAUCGAAGCAUGGACGAGUUCACCACUGCCACUCCUGCUGAUCUGGGGGAAGCGGGCCGUUUGAGGAAGAAAACGGAGGCUGCCCCCGACAAACCAGCCAGGUUUCGGCCUACGCAGAGCAAGUCCAAGAAGGAGACCAAGUUGGAGUUCUUUGGAUUCGAGGAAAAUGAGGGGCAGGAGGAGGAAGGGGACCCCGCCACUUCAGGCAGCACCAGCUAUAAAAUCAAGUACUUUGGCUUUGAUGACUUGAGUGAGAGCGACAGUGAUGACGGGGACGAGGGAUCCCAGGCAGUGGAGAGGAGGAGGGCACAGAAAAAGAAGAAGGUAGCCAUGGCGGCGGCAGUUCCGGCAGCUGCCGUUGAUCUGGCUGCAGCACCUGUGAGCGUGGACAGCCCCCAGCCUAGUGACUCCCAGGACAGCCAGGCCAGCACCAACACAGACAUUCUAGAGUCCUCUGAAGAACUCUGUUCUGGUGCUCAUGAGGUGCAGAAAAGGCCGGUGCAGGUCAAGCAAUCAGAGAAGUCAAAGGAGAGCAGCAGGAAGAUCUUCAGUGGUCCCAAGAAGUCGCCCACGAAAGCAGUAUACAAUGCCAGACACUGGAACCGGCCAGAGCCUGAGGAUCUGCCCCUGCCAUCGCUGUCCCGGUCGCACACUGCUCCGGCCUGUUUAUCAGGGGGGAGCAAGGAGACCAACUCGCAUAAAGAUGAGGGGGUGUUCAAAGCUCCCCCACCGCCCCCCAAAGUCAUUAAGUCAGUGACCAUCCCAACAGAGCCAUACCAGGACAUCGUCACAGCACUGAAAUGUAGGAAAGAGCACAAGGAGCUGUACACUGUGGUUCAACAUGUAAAGCACUUCAAUGAUGUUGUGGAGUUCGGGGAGAACCAGGAGUUCACGGACGACUUUGAGUACCUAGCUACGGGCCUCAAGAGCGGCCAGCCACUCAACACGCGCUGCCUUAGCAUCAUCAGCCUGGCCACCAGGUGUGCCAUGCCCAGCUUCAGGAUGCACUUGCGGGCUCGGGGCAAGGUGGCCCAGGUCUUCAAGACCCUGAACGAUGCCCCACAGCACCCGAACCUGGCACUGUGCACGGCCUCCCUCAUGUACAUCCUGAGCCGAGACCGGCUCAACAUGGACUUGGACCGGGCAAGCCUGGAUCUAAUGAUUCGGCUGCUGGAGCUAGAGCAGGACAACACAGCGGAUGACCAGCUGACUUCCCGGGAAAUGGGCAGAGUGAAGGAGAAGAUCCGCAAGCUGUGUGAAACGGUCCACAACAAGCACCUCGACCUGGAGAACAUCACGACAGGACAUUUGGCUAUGGAGACUUUGCUUUCACUGACCUCCAAGCGGGCAGGUGACUGGUUUAAAGAGGAGCUAAGGCUACUGGGAGGACUGGACCACAUCAUAGACAAAGUGAAAGAGUGCGUGGAAAAUCUGAGUCAGGAGGAUGACAAGGAGAGCCUGGUGGCAUCACUGUGGGGAGCAGAGAGGUGUCUGAGAGUUCUUGAGAGCGUAACUGUUCACAACCCUGAGAACCAGAGCUACCUGAUUGCUUACAAGGAUUCUCAGCUCAUCGUCUCAUGUGCUAAGGGUCUGCGGCACUGCGAGGAGAUGAUCCAACGCUAUAGCAGGGAAGUGAACAGCAGCCUGUCCUCAGCCGGCACAGCGUUGCCCCACUGCAGCUUCAGCAACGUAGGCAAGGCUGUGGAGGACUGCAUGCGGGCCAUCAUUGGCGUGCUGCUCAACCUCACCCAUGACAAUGAGUGGGGAAGCACAAAAACAGGUGAGCAGGAGGACCUCAUUGUGACAGCGCUGAACUGCGUACUGAAGGUCCCACAGUACUUGCCACAGGAGCAGCGGUUCGACAUCCGUGUGCUGGGCCUGGGACUUCUGAUCAACCUGGUCGAGUACAGUGCCAGGAACCGGCACUGCCUGGUGGAAAUGCAGCUGGAUGCCGCCAUGCCCUUCGACUCAGUGUGCCUGGGCGAGGGAGAGGAGCUGAAGACUCAGGGCUCCUUGAAUGCUAUUGCUGUCCUGGUGCAGCUCUUCCUCCAGCGGGAGCGAGCGGCAGUGCUGGCUGAAGCGGAGACAGACGAGUUCAUCAACGAUGCUCCCAAGGCCCAACUGGACCAGAGUGGCGAGUGGCAGGAGACGUCCGGGGAAAUCCAGUGGGUAGCAUCCGAGAACAACAGCUCCGAUGAGAAGGGCAACGAGGACAAGAAGGAAGAGGAGGACGAAGAGCUGGACCUGAACAAAGCUCUGCAGCAUGCCGGGAAGCACAUGGAGGACAGCAUCGUCGCCUCGUACACUGCACUGUUAUUGGGCUGUCUCUGCCAGGGGAGUCCUAUGAAUGUGACUACUGUGAGGGAAAACUUACCUAAAGGGGAUUUUUCAAUAAUGACAGAAAUGCUGAAGAAAUUCUUAAAUUUCAUGAACCUUACGUGCGACGUGGGCACCACGGGCCAGAAGUCCAUCUCUCGGGUCAUUGACUACCUGGAGCACUGCUAACAGCUCGACCGGCUUGCUACGUCACACAGGAUAAAGCUGGAACCACUUUCCCUGAGAGAGAAGCCACCUGUCACAGCACAGCGGCAGCAUCAUCGGUGGCGUCUUUGUUGCUUUACACAACUCUGGGCUUACCCCCCCCCCCCCCCUUCCAUGUGAGCCUAGUAACAUUGUUUCUGCUCUUUUGUUUCUUUUCUCACUCCCUCCGGGUUCAUUGAUUGUUCAGUUCAGAUGACACAUGUUGGAAGCUGUAUGCACUCAUUGUCAUCGUCCCCCCCCCCCCUUUUUUUUUUUUUAUUUAAAAAACCAUUCCGAGUGGCUGUUCCAUGUAUAGGUAACUGGUAGAUCACAAAGGCUUCAUUAAAACUAGUUCAUAAUUCAGAAUGGAAGCUGACCUUUGUGAUGUGUGAUUUGAGUUUGCUCUGCUGUAGAAAAGGUUCCCCCUCACGCUUCAUUAGGUUUCAGUGCUGUUCUGGGUUGCACGGUUUCCCAUAUCCGUGUUUAGCCCUACAUGCUACUUCAGUGCGCAGUUCCAGAAGCGGAACUUACGGGAUUGAAAUGAAUGUGUUUUUAACUUUUAAAUAUUUUUACCAGUAUGUUUUAUGUUUUAAGUAGUGCAAAAUGCAGUGUUCUCUACUCCCCUCCUCUUCCCUCGCAUUCGCUUUCUGAUCCGAGCGCCUGUGUGUCUGCAGUACCUGCUGUUUCACAAAUUGUUAGAUGCAGAACAGAAGGUGCCUGGAAAGUGCUCCGCCCAUUGGUGGAAAGUUACCCUGGAUCUGUCGUACCAAAGUCAUUUAGUGUUGCUCAUGUUUCUUUUUUAAAAGCCCAUCCGUGACCAGAAUGCAAUGUCACAUGUUUUAAGUAAACUGUUUUUUUUGCAUCUCCAUCUUUUCGAAAAAUAAAUAAAAGUGUAUUAUAAUUGCUUGUUCACUGUAGCACUCUUAGCAUCAGUUCCAAGAUCUUGUGUUUUUUAGACACACACUGUUGGCCUCGCACUCAGAGGUUCUGUCUUGUCAAUGCUUUUAACAUGCAGGAUGCCAUAAGUGAUGUUUAUUUUGUUGAAGCAUCUGCAUGACAAGUUGUACAGAAUGAAAGGAGCACAACAGAUGGAGCUGGGUGUAAACCUGCGCAGCUGUGCAUUACAGUGACACACAGCCUGCCACCGUGGAGUGGUGUGUGGGAAGGAAAUCCCAUCCUUUCCAUCAGGUUCCCUCCCCAAAGAGGAGAAAGGUGCCCAGCCUGCAACGUGUGAGGAAAACACAAGUUCGCGGUACAGAGAGUAGGGAGUGCGAGCAAGGAGCUUGAGUGUGAAGCAGAGCUGGUUAGUUUUUGUCUCUGUCCAUCAGUUCAGGUUCAAGGGUUUACCAGUUGCUCUGCUCUGUAUAUACGCUGGUGAAUGAGGCAGUAAAGUUUUUUUUUUCCCUUCUUUUUUUUCCUUCGCAACAGAACAUGCAAUUUGAACUGUGGUGGCGAGUAUUUCCUCUUUAGUUCAACUACAGCAGGACUGGAAGAAAAAUUCAGAUUUUCCAUGUUUGAAAUAAAGCACUUGAUUUCUAAAGGAAUGAAUUGCUCAUGUCCUCAUAGUCCUAUAGACCACUUUGACCCGCCAACCAUCUGAACCAGAAGUGUAGCUGAACCUUUUGUCAAGUAUCAGUAUUGUUUUUUUUUUUUUUUUUUUUUUGUAUAUAUGCGUUAGUGACACGUGGGCAUUACUUUUCAUUUUGCAAGCAACUCCGAUUCACCUAGAUGUGUCUCCCAAUAAUGCAGCAGAUGCAUUAGUUUGCUGUCCUCACGUUCGUUCUCCUGCGUAAAAGAGACUGAGAGCACAGCUCUUUGCUCCGGGAGUUCUUCAUACGUUUAAAACCCAACACACCACAAGUAGAAAGGAAAUUUAGGAGGGAUGUUUUGUUCAAGGGAUUAUUCACUUUGCAUGUCCUGAACCAGAGCAUAGUGGGUUUUUUUUUUUUUUUUUGGACUUUUUCGUAUAAUUAAACUUUGUGUUGCUUCCAUGCUGAGGCACAAACGUGGACAACAUUAAAACCAUCAAAGUUAAUUUUAAGCAUAAAUUUUGAAAAAAAACUAAGGAACAUUUCGCCAGCUGUUAAGCUUCUUGUAUUCUUUCAACUUUGGGCCAAUGCAAGCCUCAGCAAGAAGCAGUUACUUUUGUUUUCUCAUUUGUAAAACUGAGGUAAACUUAACGUUUACGGGAGGUAAAUCUACAAAUUUGAAAAUGAACAGAAUAACAAGAUGUAAAUACUUAAUGUAAAUACCAGCAAUUGGAAGUUGGAAUCGUAGACUACUUUUCUGAAUUCAAUCCUAUUUUUAUUUUAUACAGUUUCUCAGUUGUGUCAUUUGAAGUACAAAAUAAAGUAUACAAAGCCAACUGCAGGAAAAUCUUUGUACCAAUUUCGAGAAUUAUGUCUUUGAUUACCUGUACAUACUUUUAACUCCAAUAAAAAUUGCUACU